AUGAUACCACGUACACUUCUUCGGACAGUUUUAACAUCAAAUGUUCAGAUAUCAUCUUGUGGUUUUCAACGAACAUUUGGAAUAUUUAGUAGUGGAACAUCGAAAAAAGCUACAGCUCGAUCAAAAUGUUUUUUUGAUGUUAAUGUUGAUGAUAAACCACUUGGUCGAAUUACAUUUCAACUUUAUAAUGAUAUUGUUCCGAAAACAACUGAAAAUUUUCGUGCUUUAUGUACUGGUGAAAAAGGCUAUGGUUAUAAAAAUUCAACCUUUCAUCGAGUAAUUCAAAAAUUUAUGUUACAAGGUGGAGAUUUCGAACGACAUAAUGGUACUGGUGGUUAUAGCAUCUAUGGAAGUAAAUUUGCUGAUGAAAAUUUUCAAGUAAAACAUACACGAGAAGGUCUACUUUCAAUGGCUAAUGCUGGUCCGAAUACAAAUGGUUCUCAAUUCUUUAUUACAACAGUAGCAACUCCUUGGCUUGAUGGUAAACAUGUUGUCUUUGGUGAAGUUGUUGAUGGUAUGGAUACAGUGAAAAAAGUCGAAGCAUUAGGAUCACAAUCAGGCCGAACUCAAAAAAAGAUCACUAUUGCCGAUAGCGGUGAAGUACAGAGUGAUCAAAAUCCAAAAUAA